GUUGACAUCAAAUCGAACACAGCAUAUACCGGAAGUAGAAAUGUAAUUUAAAGUUUUACACGUAUAAUGAUGAAUAGGAUAGACAACACGCGCAUACAUUUAGACAAGUGACCCCUGCACGUGGCCCCUCACUAUCGAUCCAUGCAAAUGUGACCUAUCCUGUCUACUUUCAUUUUCUUUAUUUCGGGAAAUACCAGAAGGUCGAGUGACGUCAUGCCUGGCGAGAUUGCAUAAAAAUGUGCCCAGUCUCCUAAGGAUAUGUACUGCAUAGACACUCGUAGGAAUAACAAUUAUACACUCUACUAUCUAACAUAAGAUAUAAUUGUGCCAUUUUGUCACAGAUGUUGUAUUUGUUAGGUCCCGCGUCAGACUGACAAGAAAGCUACGACAAGGAUUAAUUGCGUCUCCAAAAAUAAGUUUAUUAAAAACAACAAUGAACAAGCAACAAUUACAACAUAGCGAAUUUGUAAAAUCCUUGUAUAUCCGUUGGUUCUGUAAGCCGAUGAUCGAUGGAUAUUUUAGGUUCUGUUUAAUCAUGGAAUGUAGUUUCGUUUUUGGUGUAUUUAAUUUUAACAGAAUAUAGUGAGGAAAUCCAACCAAUAAAACAGACGGCCUUAGAAAAAGUAGGACAUCCAGCAAGUUGACGUGAACCUUUGUGAAUAGUAAAUUUGUUGACAUGUGUGUGUUUAGAAAGAAAUUUUAAUUUGAAAGCUUCUCACACUUGUAAAUUAACCUAUUUUAUCAUACGACAGAACAUGAUACUUGAUCUUUAAAUUUCUUACGCUGUCUCACCUAUAUUGUGAUAAACGUGAGCAGAAAUAUGUAUUGUCCAUGAUAUCAAGCUACCAACAAAAGAGAAUCAGGCAGGAAAGCUACUACGUUAUUUGAGAACAUCCAGCAGAAUCAAUUCGUAAAACUAGAAAAUUAUGAUAUUUUUACUGGUGCGCUAGGCAACAUAUAUUAGUAUUUAAAUUCUUGCAGAGUCUAAAACAAUGGCAACUAAGAUGGACAGUUACGCUCAGGAAGUGUCUUCAUCAAAUAAAAACUUUAAUUUUGAUGCGUUAGAAAAGCUUGGAUAUGCAAAGAAAUUUUCUGAGAAAAGAGUUCAGCUGUAUGAAAUCAUUUCAAAUUGUAGUACAGAGCUAAUAAGACGGAGAACACGUGAAGAUGUAGAUGCAAUCAUCGCCGGAAGUCGCGGAGAAGGUAUGUGUGUUUCAGGUGACAGUGAUGCAGAUGUUUUGUUUAUCCAAAGGAACGUGAAGUGUACAGACAAUCUUCAUACUCCUUUACUUUCGGACAAAAUGAUUGUUACAUUUUACCUUGAUUUCGAAAAUGUUCCGAGCGGAUAUUCCAAACUGCGAUUGCUUACGUCCGAUAAUCGCAUUUAUGCGUCAAGAAACAAUAUUGAGUUCGUAAUAAAUCUUGCAGAGGCUCUUGUGGAAAGGAACGGCUAUCAAUACCUCAGAAAUGAUAUGCCAACAACCCUAGUCCUUCGUCAUGAUAGAAUGGGAUGGAUUAAGCAACAGUCAGUUUUUGACGACGUUACCGGACCUGCAAGGACAUUAAAACUGGAGAUGCCAAUGCUACCCGAAUUAUUCAUAUCAUUGGACUGUGUACUUACAUUCAAGUGCGAAUACCCUUCAGUGGUAGAUGACUGGUGUAAACGAGAAAGAAAACAUAGCUGGCCGGACAAAGACUUGAUCGAGAAGGUGAAGAAAUUAGACGUUUUAGUUGUACCUGCAGGAUGCAAGGGAAGUGCGGACGAAGAACUACAAUGGAGAAUUUCUUUAACAUUAGCAGAACAGGCGCUUGUACACUCGUUCAAUGACAUCCAGAUCAAACUAUUUGCUGCUCUGAGAAUUAUAGGGAAACAAGAAUUGAAGCCAAUAUGUGAAAACAUCACUUCCUAUGUAUUAAAGAAUUUACUAUUCUGGACGUUUGAAAAUACUGAAAUCAAAGACGUAACAAAAGACACAUUUAACGAAAUUUUACUACAACUUCUUGAACAGCUGAGGAUGUGUAUAAACUGGAAAUAUUUGCGAAGUUACAUGAUUCCUUCCAAGAAUAUGCUACAAUAUAAAAUAUUUGAAAAUGAAAGGGUAAAGCUGGUAAAACGACUAAACCUACUUAUACAAGACGGUCGCAAUGUAUUAUUUAGGUGUCCUAUGGUAAAGCAAAUCUCAGCUUUACCGAACGACGAACUGGAACAAAUGAUUGCUUUUAGAGAGAUAUUCGAACAGGAAUUCACGGCAGUAUUUCUGGUGAGUGCUAGCAAUCCUGAAAUAACAGCUAAGAUCUGGGAUAACGACCGGAAGCCAGAGGAUGUGAUAAAAGUAAUUAUUGACAAAGUACUCCCUAUCAUUAGGAUGCACAAUCCAAAGGGACUUUUUAACCGUUUAAUUUCUUUGUCAAAUGAAAGUAUUUCCUACUGUUUGAUAAAUGGAAUUACACGUGGCUAUCACAAGUCAUAACAUUGAAUGAAAUUCCGGAAUUCAGGGACGCAUCAAUAACAAAUCGACGGGUAUCUUGUAUCUAACACUGCAAAUAUCAGGCACAUAUAAUCUGGUCUUCAGGAAUACGUUCAGUUUAUUUAUCAUCGGACAUCAUAUUGUGAAUUAUCAUUUUAGUGCUAACAUUUUGACAAAUACGUUACUGCCUUUACAUCUACGUGGAACCUAUAUGUCAUUCUGACUUACCAGGAUGGGGAUGGGUCUAGACUUCCAUUCCAAGCCUUCCAAUUCAGUCGAUAGGUAUAGCGAUUGCUGUCAAUAAUCGGUCUGGGACAUGAAACGUUUUAUCAAACUCCUUUGCAAAAGGCUGAAUAAAACCUGCAUAACUGCUUUGAUACUAAGCGUUUUCCGAAAGUGUUAAGACAUAGAACAAUAAACAAUAUACAUGGGAACAGAUGGACAUUGUAUAUAAGCGUUUACAGAAAAGAUGCCUGUUAAAAAUACAAACUAUCUAUGAAGCAAUCAUAAUAAUCAAAGCUAAAUAACUUUUCUGGUGCAGGAUUUUACAGAUGAAAACAUCUUUUUUUCCCCAUAUUUUUAGCCAUCUUUAAGUGCAGUGUGACUGUCGUCUCCCCGUACUGGGAUUCAGUAUCUCCGGUCUUUUGGGAUCAUGGUGUCCAUUCAAUAUCUAUGUAAUAGAGUUCCGCUUAAGCUGAUGAUACGGGGCGUGAGAGGUGUUGCACAUAUCAUUGCCUCUCAUGAGCAGACUCGAUCAAAUCAAGUCUGCUAUCAGUGUGCUUCACUGCAUUCUAUGCUUCCAAAUGAUCUUUUUUACAGCUUUUAUUUACUGUUUCGAAGCUAAAACUUCACAAACAGUUAGAUCCUGAAAUAAAUUUCCGUUGAACAUUCUAAAGGGAAUGAACAUAGCUAUAACCACGAGUUUUAUUCUAACUCAUAUUGUGCUUGCUCUUCGCAUUGAAUCUAAGAUUUCAAGUGCGACAAAAUACAAUCCAUUUGAAUUAUCCGUUUUCUCUUGUCAUAUCUUCCGCAUAAGAAUAUUGUCGAUGCAUUGUCGGUAUUUGUCAGCCGAUAUAUCAAUUCAAAAGGUUCUAUUUGAUAACGUUCAUUCAAUUGAUGUUUUCAAUAUGACUACCACAAGCUCUUCCAAAUCGUUUUAAUUGAGAAAAAUGUAUCCCAUAAGAUACUAAACAAGGUACAUCCUCAUCUAAAUGAGGAAAAUUUACAAUACUUAUUUCUAAUACUUAUUUAACAUCAUCUCGUUUACCAUAUAGUUUUUUACUCGUUGGAACAAUGGUAGCCGAAAUGUUAGGUACAUUUCACUGGAGUUCCAGGGGAAAAAUACACGAAGUACCCAUCAUUGAUUCAAUCAAAUAAUGUUAAAUGUAGUUAGAAACGACUGUCUGCGUCUCUAGAGAAAGGUUCAACAUGGAGUCCCUAUCCCAACAGUACAAAAACAAAUAUGAGAAAAGUGUAACAGGUUAUUGCCACAGGAAAUAUGAAACACGUUGGCUUUAAAGCUAGUGUAUGUUGUCAACUGUUUGACACUUGUUUCAUCGAUUUAAAAUUAUUCUUUCGAAGUGUGGGGUGCAGUCAAAUCUAAAGAAUUAGACCGCAUUCAUCUGAAGUUUUGCGGAAGAAUUUUAAAUGUUAAGCUGAGUUCAAGCAACAUACAUAGGCAUUUGGCACAAUUGUUUGGUUUAAAAUGAUGUUAUAUAUGAUUAAAAAAAGGUCAUUCAUAGACAGUCCAAGACCAAAAUGUAAAUCCAGCACCUAUUUACUAUAUAUUAAUUAAAGGCACUGACCUCCAGAUUGUACAACAAAAAAAAAAAAAGAAAGAAAAUCAUUGCUAUAUUUCUUAAGAAGGCUUUGACACGUAUUAAUUGACAUAUUAAAUGUUAUGGAAAACAUAAGAACAAGUUGCUUUUACUACUGUUUUCCAUUCAAAAAGGAAAAGCGUUUGUAACGGUGUACCGGAGGUAAAUAGCCUUAUUUAAGUGGUGUAUUAAUUAGUUUACGACGUAGAAAAUGUUUUAUUGCCGCGGCGGCACGGGUUCGAUUCCCGACCUUCCCGACCAGGGCAUGUUUUUUUUUUUCUUGAUUUGGCAAUGUUAAGAUAUUUGAAAACAAAACGUCAUGUUAACAUGACCAAACUUCAGUUUUAUAGAAGAUUAUUCUAGGCAAAGUCUGGUUGUCAGUGCAGCAUUUCACGACGCCCCGUCAUUUUUCAACCAAAAAAGACUUUGUAGUCCUGUCAAUCCUAAAAAUGACCUGGCAUUGGAUUGUAUAGUAAAUGUGUGAUGGUAUUCUGUUAGGGAGUAUGUUGUUAUUGAAGAAUCUGAAUGAUGCCCAGCUGGCAUCAUUGAGCAUUUUGAGAAAUUCAAGAUGGCGUCCAAGAUGGCCGCCAAAAUCAGAAAAAAAUAUAUCAGUGGUGUAAAAAAUAACUUACAAAUUGCUAUUUGCUGACUGAUUGUAUUUUAAAUGUUUCAAACAUAUUUAUGUAUCUUUAUCUAUUGAUUUAGUCUAUCUAAGAUGCCAUCUAGGAAUCCAAAAUGGCGGCUAAAAUGGCCGCCACAAUUGCCUUUUUGGCGUAUUGUAUUAACAAAUGAAAUUGGUGAUCAUAUUAAUUGAUAUUAGUGUUGCAAUAUGUAAUAACUAUUUAAAUGAAAUAACAACUUUAAUCAUUUGACUAUUUAGCUGAUCCAAAAUAGCUUCCAAGAUGGCCGCUAAACUUGAAAGAAGUUGGAAACAAUGCUGAAUAUUGGUCUUAUUUCAUUGGUCUGUUAUUAUAUAUAAAGUCAAUCAUCAAGAACAUUCUAAAUACAUGUUUUAAUUUAUAUUUGCCUAUUUUACAAAGAAUACGUUG